UGUUCAUAUAAAAGUGUAGAUAAGUUGUAUUGGCAUUCUUCAAGUGUAGCUUUUUAGGUGGAUUCAUUCGUUUUAAAGUCUUAUUUAGCUCUUAUAGCAAGGUAUUUCUUUUUAAGAAAAAGAAUAAAGAAGAAUACAAAGAAAUGUAUUGUCAGAAAAGUUAAUUAAGAGUUAUAACAUGGCAAACAGCAAAAGUUCUUUUUACGAGUUUAAGAUACUCAAAAUUUUCUUUUUUUCAUUUAAUGAGUUUCAAUACAAACAUACAACUAAAACAGUUUUGAGUUAUUCUGUAAAAUAUGUUUGUGUUGUUUAGGAUAAACGAAAUAAAUACUGGUUAUGUAAAUAGCCUAACAACUACCUGAUGCCACUUUGGCAAAAUGGCUUCUGGAAAGAAUUACUUUGAAGAUCUUUUAUGUAAUGAUGAUGUCAUGCGACAUGGAUCAUUGGAUCGUCUCGUAGAUGAAAUAAAUGAAACCAAAGAUCGAACGAUCUAUAAGUUUCUCAGUGAUUCUGGAAGCGAAGAUUUUUUAUGGUCACUCGUCACACUGUUGUCUUCAUCAGAAACGAGAGUUGCAAGCAAUGCAGCGUAUGUUAUCGGAAGUCUCGCUGAGACAGAGCUUGGAGCUCAGAGAGUUUUAUCUCUCACUAAAGGAAGAAAAGCAGCUUCUAUUAUGAAGCAUAUGGCGAAGAAUGUCGCGCUUUUAAAGUUCAUUAAUAAACGUUUGUUCAUUGUUUCUUUUGUUUUCUACGAAAACGAAUCGACUUCAAAGAACGGAAAUGAGGCGAAAAAUAAAGAAUUUACAAAAUAA